AUGGCUCUCCUGCACACCCGCCGGCUCCUCGCCGCCCCGCGCCUCGCUGCCGCCGCCGCCCGCGCCAGCUCAUGGUGGUCCCAUGUGGAGAUGGGUCCCCCCGACCCCAUCCUGGGGGUGACAGAAGCUUUCAAGCGCGACACCAACUCCAAGAAGAUGAACCUGGGUGUGGGGGCGUACCGGGAUGACAACGGGAAGCCGUACGUCCUGAACUGUGUUCGCAAGGCGGAGGCCAUGAUAGCAUCCAAGAAGAUGGACAAGGAGUACUUGCCCAUUGGGGGACUAGCGGAUUUCACCCGGGCGUCCGCAGAACUGGCUCUGGGUGAAAACAGUGAAGCUUUCAAGAGCGGCCGGUAUGUCACGGUGCAGGGUAUUUCUGGGACUGGAUCUCUGCGAAUUGGAGCCAACUUUUUGCAACGGUUCUUCAAGUCUAGCCGUGAUGUGUAUCUACCCAAACCGUCCUGGGGCAAUCACACACCUAUUUUCCGUGAUGCUGGCAUGCAACUUCAGGCUUACCGCUACUAUGACCCCAAGACGUGCAGCCUUGACUUCUCUGGAGCCAUGGAUGACAUUUCCAAAAUUCCAGAGAAGAGCAUCAUCCUCUUGCAUGCUUGUGCUCACAACCCCACCGGGGUGGAUCCCCGGCAGGAGCAAUGGAAGGAGUUGGCGGCUAUGGUGAAGAAACGGAACCUCCUCGUGUACUUUGACAUGGCCUACCAGGGCUUUGCCAGCGGGGACAUCAACCGGGAUGCCUGGGCUGUGCGGUAUUUCAUUGAGCAGGGCAUCAACGUCGUCUUGUCACAGUCCUACGCCAAGAACAUGGGGCUGUACGGAGAGCGUGCGGGUGCCUUCACGGUGAUCUGCAGUGACGCAGAGGAAGCCAAGAGGGUCGAGUCACAGCUGAAGAUCCUCAUCCGCCCCAUGUACUCCAACCCACCCCUGAACGGAGCUCGCAUCGCCUCUAUCAUCCUGAACACCCCUGACCUUCGGAAGGAGUGGCUCGUGGAGGUGAAGGGCAUGGCCGACCGGAUCAUCAGCAUGCGGACUCAACUGGUGUCCAACCUCAAGAAAGAGGGAUCCUCCCACAACUGGCAGCACAUCACUGACCAGAUCGGCAUGUUCUGCUUCACGGGGCUGAAGCCUGAGCAGGUGGAGCGGCUGAUCAAGGAGUUCUCCAUCUAUAUGACAAAGGACGGACGAAUCUCUGUGGCGGGAGUUACAUCGGGCAAUGUAGGUUACCUGGCUCAUGCCAUCCAUCAAGUCACAAAGUAAAGACAAAGGUGUGCCCUGGAGCUGGUGGCCUUCCCUUCCCCACCGGUCGAAGAUGGGGAGGGAAAGGAAACAAGCAGAAUACUUCCAACCACAGCACUUGAUGCCGCUGCUGAAUGUAUCUCGUAGAUGAGUUGUUGUAGAAGCCUAGUCAAAACCACCCUGUGCUGUGGAGCAGGGACAUCAUUGCUGGCUCCCGCUCGUCACAGCCAUUCUCCCCUGCUGUCCAUCCUUUGUCCGUCAGCCCCAGCACCCAUCUGCACUGGAGGAAGCAAACGCUUAGCACUGCCAUCCUACCGGCGUCUGCACCAAAGGCUUCCCCCCACUCGUUUCUCCAUGAGAAGGCUUUGUGAGGCUGUUGGCCGCUGGCCCGAGCGGCAGCGGGCGGGGAACGGGGUGGGCUGAGUGGGAGGGCUGCUCGGGUGCGCCUCUGCCAUCUCCUCAACUGAUCACUGCUGCCGGCAGGCUCCAUCCUCCUCCAUCAUCCUUGCCGGGGGCUGGGCAGCACCAAAGCUGCCCUCCGACAACCGGCGCUGAGGACUUCUCGCUGCUAAAAUCUGCUCCAUAGGUGGCUGUGCUCUUUCCCUCUGGGAAUCUCCUUUUAGGUGUAAUUCACAGUGGGAUAGGUGUGGGGGGCAGAGCCCUGUCCCUCCUCUAAACCUGCAUGGUUCUCCUGACGUCACUCCUGUGCCCUGAAGCGAAACAAUUUCUCACAUCCCCCCUCUGCCCCCACAAUAAGAACCUCCUGAGAGCUGCUCUAUGUUGGUCUCUGCCUCUCCCCCUUCCUGUACGAGCCCCAGCGGCCCUCCCUGCAAAGAAAAUCUUUGCGUUUGUCCCAAAACCGUGAGCCAAGAGGUGGGCCCUGCCAUGCCCACCCUCACCUGGGAGUGCGGGGUGUCCCUGUCAUCUGCCCAGCUAAAUUUCUGGUGACACCAGAAAAGAGGAGGGAAGGAGCCUAAGGGAAGUCUGAGAGCUGACAGCUCAAAAAAAACACUCUGUCCUUUUAAACUGAGUGUCCCUCAGGCCCUGUGACUCACUGGACUCUGAUUUUUAAUCCAAAUAAACUGGUGCAUGGCUGUGUUGAGCUGAGGACUUCCUCCUGUCAUCACACAGCUGGAUCCUGUCCCUUCCACGCACCAAAUAUUCCCUGUUGGGGAUGUGCCAGCACAGAGGUUCUUGUACGGCCAGUGAAACUAAUCUCCUGAGAAUCCCAUGUAGAGAGACGGCAGGUCCCACUGGUGUGCCCCGAGAGCACCAGGGAGGGUUGUGGGCUGAGGCUGCCCCAGGUGGGACUCGGUGUGACGGAGCUGAAAUUGAAGCCCACGGGGCCAAACGUAGGUGUUGCUGGGGGGAGUGUGAGCUCCCAAAGGCCGUCUUACUGGAGCACGACAGCAUUUCUCCUUGCAGCUGGCAAAGCUGCCUCCCUAGGCAGACCUGGAGGGGUUACAGCUGAGUCUGCCUAAGCUUUCUCCAUCCACUGGCACCUUUUCCCUUUGCAGCCAUAGCAGGACAUUUAGCAGAGCAGUCCUCGUUUCUCAUUCGUGCCCAGAGCAGCCCUGUUCUGCUGGGAGCCGGGACAGGCCUGUCUCAUGCACACUGUCACCGCACUUGCCGGCCAAGGAGGAGCUGCUUGCCCAGGCCGAGGAGGGCUGGAGCCUCCCGCUGCUCCCCGACAGACGGUUUGCACUUUAACGGCGACGAUUGUUUACAUGGCCCGAUGCCCACGGCCGCCGCUUGCUCCCGUUUGUGCAAUAAACCGCUUUCUGCGCUGCUGCUGCGGGUGCUGCCCCACGGCGCUGUGGGUUCUCCUGCUGUGGUUCCCCGGUUCUGCGUGGCUCUGGAGCUGCCUCCUCCCGCCUCUCCCUGUUGCAGCCAGCCCUUUGACCUUGCGUUAGGCCUUUCUGCUGCCCCUUCUCCGUUACAAUAAAAGUCGAGCUGGAGCGCA